GCCAGAAUUACUGAUCUGCCUUUACAGUUUCACUUUCCUCAUUCAGCACUUUGGAAACAUGGCUACUCAUACCAGUAUAUCAUGUCGUGGCCCUCCCAUUUUAAAGACAGGUAUCAUGCUUGAUUGUGCAAUCACCUUCUUGCUUAACGUACGUCCAAGUGAAAGCGCACCAGAGAAAACUGCAUGGAACAGCUAAUCAUGAUUUUUUUCAUCUAUAAAUGGGGAUUGCGUGGUAGAUUCGGGAUCACGGGCAGACUACAAACACAGUAACAAAGCCUAGGCUGGCUGCUGCUGCUACUCCACUCAGGGUAAUGCGAACGAUUCCUAAAUAUAAAAGGAGUGCAAGUCAGUCAGAAAAACGGAGUAUGUUUGCGGGGAACGGGAGGGACUUGAGAUCGUUGAGUUGCAAACUCACACGCUGAACACUUGCGAACAAAGUAAAAGGAAUGGAUAAUGAAGAAGAGCCCAAGCUCUGCCAUUGGGUCCUUUCACGCGCUUCAGCUCACAAUUACAAAGUGGCGACCUCGGCCAAGAUUGUUUUUGAACAGUACCAGAAGGCUAGAGCACAGUUUGUACAAACAAUUGCAGAACUUGCAACAAGGCCACAAAAUAUUGAAACUCUACAAAAUGCAGGUGUGAUGUCUCUUUUGAGGCCCCUCUUACUGGAUGUGGUUCCAAACAUUCAGCAGACAGCAGCGUUGGCACUGGGACGUCUAGCUAAUUACAAUGAUGAUCUGGCUGAGGCUGUUGUUAAGGGAGACAUUCUUCCGCAGCUCGUGUAUUCAUUGGCAGAACAAAAUCGUUUCUACAAGAAAGCAGCAGCAUUUGUGUUGCGAGCUGUAGCCAAACACUCUCCUCAAUUAGCCCAAGCAGUGGUGGAUUGUGGGGCACUGGAUGCACUGGUGAUCUGCCUAGAAGAGUUUGAUCCCGGAGUCAAGGAAGCAGCAGCUUGGGCGCUGGGAUAUGUUGCGCGUCACAGUGCAGAAUUGUCGCAGGCAGUAGUGGAUGCAGGAGCUGUUCCUCUUCUUGUUCUUUGUAUCCAGGAGCCAGAGGUGCCACUGAAAAGGAUUGCUGCAUCUGCACUAAGUGAUAUCGCUAAACAAUCCCCAGAGCUAGCUCAAACUGUUGUGGAUGCAGGUUCCAUUGCUCACCUAGCUCAAAUGAUCCUAAACCCUGAUGCUAAGCUAAAGCGUCAGGUGUUUUCGGCUCUUGGUCAGAUUGCAAAGCAUUCAGUGGAUCUGGCAGAAAUGGUUGUAGAAGCAGAAAUUUUCCCUGCUGUUUUAACAUGCUUGAAGGACUCGGAUGAAUUUGUGAAAAAAAAUGUUGCCACACUAAUUCGGGAAAUUGCCAAGCACACUCCUGAGCUAUCUCAGCUUAUUGUUAAUACAGGAGGUGUGGCUGCUGUCAUUGAUUAUAUCGGUGAUUCCAAAAGCAAUGUCAGACUGCCUGGUAUUAUGAUGCUUGGUUAUGUGGCAGCUCACUCGGAGAACUUGGCAAUGGCAGUGAUUGUCUCCAAGGGGGUGCCUCAGUUGGCUAUCUGCCUGUCAGAAGAACCAGAAGACCACAUUAAGGCAGCGUCUGCAUGGGCCCUGGGGCAGAUAGGAAGACACACUCCAGAGCAUGCACGUGCUGUUGCUGUGGCAAAUGUUCUGCCAAAGCUCCUUGCACUCUACAUGCAGACUGGAAGCUCUGAAGACCUUCAGAUUAAGGCUAAAAAGGCCCUGAAAAAUAUCCUGCAGAAAUGCACAUUUCUGCCAGCUCUCGAUCCACUUCUACAUGAUGCUCCUCCCAAUGUCCUUAAACAUGUUGUUGGACAGUAUAGUAAGGUACUACCUCAUGAUGCCAAAGCCCGUCGUCUUUUUGUCACAAGUGGUGGACUGAAGAAGAUUCAGGAGAUUAAAGCGGAACCUGGUUCAGUUAUGCAGGAAUACAUUAAUGGUAUUAACAACUGCUAUCCUGAAGAAAUUGUCAGAUAUUAUUCUCCUGGAUACUCAGAUGCACUGUUGGAAAGAGUGGAAAACUAUCAACCAGCUCUUUGAGAAACACUGGAUGUUAUUUCAAUCUUUGGUUCUCCUACUACUAAAGUCUUGAAGUAUCUACUCAUUUUGCUCAUACUUCCCACAUAGUUUACAGUAAAUUAUGCCCUAAGUUCCUAACUCUUCUCUCCUUUAAAGCAAAUUAAUCCAAAAUCAAAUAAUCACUUGAAAAUGAAAAUAAGCACCCUUACAAAUAUGUUCUGGAAAUGUACCAGUUGUAUUUCAGUGUAUCUGGGGUCAUUUUUUAUGAUGGUUAUUGUUGCAAUGCUUCACAUGUCUCAAUAAAAGAGUAUAUUUUGCAAAAAGCCAUUUCUAUAUUGUGGUUAGAGAGGCUGUACAUUCUCACUGACAUUUGUGAAGCCGGGGUUCAUUGACCACUGGCCUCUUUUAUAUUCUGUGACCUGCAGCUUUAAACUUUUUUAACUGAUUAGUUCAUUAGCAGUAGUAAAGUGGUGACUUAGGUUUGAAAUGAAGUUUGUUGAUAGUCAGCUCUUUAUAUUUGUAUAUUGCUUUGAUUAUUCACCAAAAUUGCAUGGC